CCUCGCAGGAUAUCUCAGGAUCAUCAGAAACGGAUGCCUUGCGUCAGUCGAGGGGACGCUCUGCUGGCCAAGGACUGUGCGCAACUCAUGAGAAGAAAUCCUUUGCAGGAGAAAAAAAAAAAACCCUGGUGAAGAAGAUGGGUGAAUCGUGUGCACUCCGAUUACCUCCGUACCAUCGCACACACAGGAACAAAAGGAGAGAAAGGUUUGGUAAAAGAGGAAAGCCGGCCGUAACAUCCUGCAAGCGAAAAAGCAAAAGUCUGUCAGUGGCCACAAGUUUUAACCGCCGAGGAAACGCACCGCUCCUGGAAGCGCUGCAACACCAAGUGGAAGCGUGGAACAGACGGAACAAGUUCCUAUUCUAUCUCUUGAUCCUAAAAACCCAUUUAGUGUAUUUUCCUCGGAAAGAGAACCCACCAGAUAUUAAGCUGAUAAAAACAGAUACUACCCUCCGUCUUAAGCAAAAGGCCGAGAAGCGAUGCUGGGCGCCCCGCCCUCGCCGCCACCGCCGCGCAGCCAGCCAUAUUGCACUCACGCUCACAUCGAUGGGCCCGGACCAAAGUGCUGGCAAAGUCAGGGCCACACCAAGUCGUGACGGUCAGUCUCACCGGGGACCCACGGACUGUCACUUCAAGGCAGCUGGGAACGAUAAGCCGGGGACAGAGACUCGAGGAGCGCAGCCAGCUUUCUCAGCCAGUGCCCGUUGCCCACAGCCUUGCCCAACGUCUUGUUAUCAGACUCCUGCAGACUAUCCAGCGGUAUCUCUGUGAGCAAGGUGGUUCAUCUCUGCAUGUGCUUAAGAUCCACAUUCUUUUCUGUGAACUGAGUGUGCAGAGUCUCUGCCCACUGUCCUCUGACUUGUUGAUCUUUUUGCAUUUCCAUCUCUAGCGCAUUUCGUAUUUGUCCUAGCGUAUGAGUUCCGGUGUUUAAGUCUGGCUUUAUUUUUUUCUGGAUGCCUAGCCAGUUGUCCCAGCAUCAGGUGUGGAAUGGCCCAUCUCAUCUUCGGUUUCAGAUGUCACCUUCAUCAUAGUAAAAAGUCCUCCUAUAUACUUAGAUUGGUUUCCGGGUUUUUCUUUUUUCUUUUCCUUUCGAGGAUCUUAGGUGUGAGUAAUCUCUAUGUCCUCCCGCUCUGAGAUCAAGAGUCGCACGCUCUACUGACGGAGCCAGCCAGGCGCCCCUGGAUUUUUGCUGUGAAAAAUCUUCUGAUAACCUGUUUUUAAAA